AUGAUUUGGUGGAGCAAUGAGCGAGGCAUUUUGAUUUUGAAAAGUUCCGCGGACUUGAAUUAUUCUACAGAUUACUUUCGGGUACCAAGGAUAGAGGACCCAGUAUGGUCAGUAUCCUCCCGCCAUAGGCCAGGCUGCACGAUUCGUCGGUAUGCGUGUACCCAGAGUAUUAAGACUUUGAAGAUACCAGAUUCGCUUAGACGAGGACCUUAUUUCAAUAUUCGUCGAAAAACCAAUGCCCAAACAAGACCCACCAGUGUUAGUCAAAGUGUUCGGGUCCGUGUCUUCAUAAAGUCUCACUCGCCGCAGAGGUAG